UGCGCGAAGGAACGAAGAGAAGACCGUGCUGGUCGACGCUAGUAUGACAUCGAAAGCACGUGCCGAUGUGUAUCAAAGUGACUUUCUAAACUAACUUUUUAUGCUCGAAGUGUAAACUCAAAAAAUAACCAUGGACACCCUUUACACAGCCCGACUACAUGGGUAUCCGACUUCAAACAGAUCGGCAAUGGACAACAAUAUAACCGAAGAAAGUGUCUUAUCUCUGCUUAUAGUUCUAGGAAGCAGUCUAUCUUUGGUAGCUCUUGUUUUCGCCUUUAUUACCUAUAGCCUAUUUUCUGAUCUCCGCAAUCUGUCUGGAACGACCCUCAUGAAUUUGUUAUCAGCGCUAUUCAUGACCCAACUACUCUAUGUUAUUGGUGUCGGAGGUGUAAUGGAUUCGGAGCUCUGCAUUGCUCUGGCGUCCGCUCUACAUUAUGUCCGCCUCUGUGUGUUUUCAUGGAUGCUGCUUAUGACCCACAAUAUGUACAUGCAGUACAAAACUGGCCUUCAUCUUGUUCCAAUUACGGACACAAAUAUUAGCCGGAAUUUUAUAAGAUAUUCCCUUCUAGGAUGGGGAUUGCCAUUAGUAUUCCUGCUGGCAAGCAUCUUAAUCCAAUACUGUGAUAAACGUGGAAUGUUGCUCGACACUCAAGACCUCAGAAGGCAGAAUUGCUGGUUUCUGGACAAGAACGCCUUUAUCUCCAGCCUGGUCAUUCCCGGUUACCUGAUGGCUCUGAUGACAUUCUUCUAUUUAUUCCGGACAGCUGUUUUGUCCAAAUACCUCGUAGGGUUUCAACCGGACAAUCGAUUACGAGACAAAAUGCGACGGAAAAGCGCUAUUCAAAUAAUACUUUUUAGUAAG